AUGGAGAGAGCAGGAUGGAAACCAAACGAUGAUCAUCAUCACACAUCUCCCAAUUGUCCCCGGUGUGGUUGUUCCAACACCAAAUUUUGUUACUACAACAACUAUAGUUUAACUCAGCCAAGGUACUUUUGCAAGGGUUGUAGGAGGUACUGGACCAAAGGAGGGUCCCUCAGGAACAUCCCUGUUGGAGGUGGCUGCCGCAGGAAUAGAAGAGGGUCCAAGUCUUUAAGGCUAUCCGCCACCACCACCAGCACUACAGAAGGUCCCGCACAUCACAACACAAAUAAGAGUAGGGCCAGUACUAAUGAGGGUGCUCAUAAUUCCUAUGGCACCAACGUGUUGGGUGAUUCCACAAGUCCCUCAGUGACUCAAGAUGGGUCACAUAUUGAUCUUGCACUUGUUUAUGCAAAUUUCUUGAAGCAGAAGCCCGAUAAUUCAGAUAGUACUACCGGAUCUGAUCAUCAACUACCAAAAUUUCCAAGCGAAUUCGACCCAGCAGCUUUAGAUUUUUCGAGCAUGGAAUUAAACAUGAACAAUGCAAGCUCAGACAAUACUAGUACUCAGUUAAUGGAUAAUCAUUAUCAUCAAAAUGGUCUUGUUGGGUCGCUUGGAUUUCACACUCUAUCUCAUGAUCACUUGUCCACUGAAAAUUGUAGCACCAAUGACCGUAUGUACUUUGGUGGAUUAGACCCAUUAAUUCAUCAUCCAGAGAAGCAUCAUCAUCAACACACAAGUGAAGUAGUACAAUAUGCAAGCGAUUUUGGGUUGCCACCAUUGCCAGGCCAAGAGGCAUUGUGGUCUACUACUUCGCAAAUGAUGGAUAGUGGUAGUCAUACAAUGCAAGUUGGCACAUCGAUACUAGGACAUGAACUUCAUAAUCCCAACUUGUUAAUGGAUGGUUGGAGCCCGUUUGAUCUGCCAUGUAACGAAGCUUUCUCCAGGAGUACAUGA